GUUUGGAUUAACCUGAUGGAUGAUGAUUUAAAUGUGACGUAUAUAACUCUUGGUGGAUAUUUAGAAGUGCAAAAAUACAGAUAUCUUUAUUUUGUGAUCAUGUUUACUGUUUAUAUUCUAAUAAUCUGCUGUAAUUCCACCAUCGUGUGUCUUAUCGUGAUUCACAGAAACCUCCAUGAGCCUAUGUACAUCUUCAUUGCAGCUUUGUUGAUCAACUCUGUCCUUUACAGCACUAAUAUCUACCCAAAGCUUCUGAUUGACUUUUUGUCUGAAAAUCAGAUCAUAACUUACUCAGCUUGUCUCUUGCAGUGGUAUAUAUAUUACUCUCUGGCCACUGCAGAGUUCUUACUGUUGUCAGCCAUGGCCUAUGACAGGUAUGUGUCUAUAUGUAAACCUCUGCAAUAUCCAACUAUCAUGAGAAAAACAAAUGUCAAAGUGUUUCUGGUUUCAGCUUGGCUCAUGCCUGCUUGUGAGCUCGCAGUGGGAGUUGUAUUGCAUGUUAAUGAAAAACUCUGUCACUCCACUUUGAAAGGACUGUUCUGUAACAGUUCAGUUUACACACUUCAGUGUGUUCCCUCAGUAGCACUGUCCAUAUACGGUGUGUUCACGUUGCUAAAUGUUGGGCUUUUCCCCAUGCUCUUCAUCCUCUUCACAUACACCAGGAUACUUAUAAUCUCCUAUAGAAGCUGUAAGAAUUUCAGGAAAAAAGCUGCACAGACCUGUUUACCUCACCUGCUGGUUUUAAUCAACUUUUCCUGUUUGAUUACUUAUGAUGUCAUUGUUGUUCGUCUGCAAUCAGAUUUUCCAAAACUUGCCCGUUUAAUAAUGACUUUACAAAUGAUUAUGUAUCAUCCUCUGUUUAAUCCAUUCAUAUACGGACUGAAAAUGAAAGAAAUCUCUAAACACCUCAAGGGGCUGUUGUUUCAGGUCAAAUCACACUAA